AUGCUGGGUGCAGUGGGAAGUGUCCUCCUUUCAGUUGCAGCUAGUGAGGCUGUGCUGAGCAUUGUAGGGAACACAUUCAUUGCACUUGUGAACUGCAUGGACUGUACCAGGAACAAGAAGCUUUCUAGCAUUGGCUUCAUUCUCACUGGCUUGGCAGUUUCCAGAAUGUGCCUUGUGGGGCUCUUAACCACAGAGGCAUACAUAAAAAUAUUCUCACCACAAUUGCUGUCUCCUAUCACCAUAGUUGAACUCAUCAGUUAUCUGUGGAUAAUUAUCAGUCAAGUGAAUGUCUGGUUUGCCACCAGCCUCAGUAUUUUUUAUUUUCUGAAGAUAGCAACUUUUUCCCACUACAUAUUUCUCUGGUUAAAAAGAAGAAUUAAUAUAGUUUUUCUCUUCCUGGUAGGGUGCUUGCUUAUGUCAGGUCUAUUUUCUUUCCCAGUAGUUGUGAAGAUGGUUAAAGAUCAUAAAAUGUUGUAUGUGAACACAUCUUGGCAGAUCCACACGAAGAAAAAUGAAUUAAUCAUAAACUAUGUUUUCACUAAUGGGGGAGUAUUUUUAUUCUUUAUGAUAAUGUUAAUUGUAUGUUUUCUCUUAAUCAUUUCCCUUUGGAGACACAGCAGGAGGAUGCAAUCAAAUGAAUCAGGAUUCAGAGAUCUCAACACAGAAGUUCAUGUGAAAACAAUAAAAGUUUUAUUAUCUUUUAUUAUCCUUUUUAUACUGCAUUUUAUGGGCAUUGCCAUCAGUGUCAUUUGUCUGUUAAUUCCAGAAAGCAACCUGUUGUUCAUGUUUGGUUUGACAACUGCAUUCAUCUAUCCCUGCUGUCACUCCUUUAUCCUCAUCCUAGCAAACAGUCGGCUGAAGCAAAGCUCUGUAAGGAUGCUGCAAGGAUUAAAGUGUUCUGAGAAAGGAAAGGAACUCAGAGGCACAUGA